CAUCAUCAUCAUCAAUUCAUUUCUCAACUAUUUUUCACAGUAUUUCCCCCAAAACAGGACCAUGCUGACUUUGAGAACUCAAAACACUUCUCUGAACUCAAUGUCUCCUAACUGGAAAUCCCUCUUCUUCCUCCUCCUUCUACAACUCUUCAAAUUAUGCUUCAGCAAAUCCCAGCCAUUCACAUCAUCAUCAUCAAAUUCAGACCUUCAAUUCCCAUGCAAGCCACCCCACUACAGCUCCUACCCUUUUUGCAACACCUCCCUCCCAAUCACAACCAGAGCUCAGUCCCUAAUUUCCCUCCUUACCCUCCGAGAAAAAAUCCAACAGCUCUCAAACAAUGCCUCUGCAAUUCCAAGACUUGGCAUCCCGCCCUAUGAAUGGUGGUCUGAGUCACUCCAUGGCAUAGCCACCAAUGGCCCUGGUGUCUCCUUCAAUGGCACCAUACCUUCAGCCACAAGCUUCCCACAAGUGAUUGUCACUGCAGCUGCUUUCAAUAGGACUCUCUGGUCCUUAAUUGGGUCUGCCAUAGCUGUUGAGGCUAGAGCAAUGUACAAUUUGGGGCAAGCUGGGCUGACAUUUUGGGCACCCAAUAUCAAUAUAUUUAGGGACCCAAGAUGGGGUAGAGGUCAAGAGACCCCUGGGGAGGACCCCAUGGUUGCUUCUGCUUAUGCAAUUGAGUUUGUGAAGGGUUUCCAAGGUGGGAAUUGGGGAAUUAGACAUGAUGGGUUUGGAGAGAGGAGAGUCUUGGAAGGUCAUGAUGGUGGGAGUGAUGAUGGUCUAAUGCUCUCUGCUUGUUGCAAGCAUUUCACUGCUUAUGACUUGGACUUGUGGCGGAAUUUCAGUAGAUAUAGCUUCAAUGCUGUGGUUUCAGAACAAGAUUUGGAGGAUACGUAUCAGCCACCUUUUCGUAGUUGUAUACAACAUGGUAAAGCUAGCUGCUUAAUGUGUUCUUACAAUGCAGUCAAUGGGGUUCCUGCUUGUGCACAGAAGGAUCUCUUGGACAAAGCUCGGAAUGAGUGGGGCUUCAAAGGAUAUAUCACCUCAGACUGUGAUGCUGUGGCCACAGUCUAUGAGUAUCAGAAUUACACUAAAAGUUCUGAAGAUGCAGUUGCUGAUGUUCUUAAAGCAGGGACGGAUAUUAAUUGUGGUACAUUCUUGUUUCGACAUACUCUAUCGACGAUCAAACAAGGGAAGGUGCAAGAGGAAGACAUAGACAAGGCUCUUCUCAAUCUUUUCUCAGUUCAACUCCGCCUUGGGCUGUUUGAUGGAGAUCCCAGAAAUGGGCAAUUUGGUAGUUUGGGACCUAAGGACGUCUGUACAUCAGAGCACAAGACUUUGGCACUUGAGGCGACAAGGCAGGGAAUUGUGCUUCUUAAAAAUGAUAAGAAGUUUUUGCCUUUAGAAAAGGGUGUUGAUUUUUCCUUGGCUGUUAUUGGUCCAUUAGCAAACAAUGCAAGUUUGCUGGGUGGGGGCUACACAGGGAUUCCCUGCAGCUCAAAGGGUCUCUUUGAAGGUCUUCAAGAGUACACAAAAAGAGCAUUGUAUGCAGCUGGUUGCCUUGAUGUACCAUGUAAGUCUCGUGCUGGGUUCCGAGAAGCAAUUCAUACUGUCAAGAUGGCUGAUAUUGUUGUCAUAGUUGUUGGUCUUGAUUUGACGCAAGAAAGGGAAGAUCAUGACCGAGUUAGUCUUCUCUUACCCGGUAAACAAAUGGCCCUUGUAUCUUCUGUGGCAGCUGCAAGUAAAGAACCAGUGAUUCUAGUUCUUACUGGUGGUGGACCACUUGAUGUAACAUUUGCCAAAGAAGACCCGCGAAUCGCAAGCAUUCUUUGGAUUGGGUACCCUGGGGAAUCUGGCGGGAGAGCACUAGCAGAAGUCCUCUUUGGAGAUUUCAAUCCGGGUGGAAGGCUACCUAUGACUUGGUAUCCUGAGUCAUUCACCAAUAUACCGAUGAAUGAUAUGAACAUGAGGGCCGAUCCUUCUAAAGGUUAUCCGGGAAGAACCUACCGAUUUUACACAGGGAGCAGGCUGUAUGGAUUUGGAGAUGGCUUAAGCUACAGUAAGUUCACUUACAACAUUGUAUCAGCGCCAAAAAAUUUAAGGUUAUCAAGACCUCUCAAGGUUGAUUCCAGCAGAAACAUACUACACCAAGCAGGAGAUACACUUGAUUAUUUACACAUUGAUGAGGUGACAUCUUGUGAUUCCUUGAGAUUUUUUGUUGAAAUCACUGUGACGAAUAUAGGAGACAUGGAUGGAGGCCAUACUGUGAUGUUGUUCUCCAGAAUGACAAAAGUUGUCAAGGGUGCUCCAAAACAACAGCUGAUUGGAUUUAACCGUGUGCAUACUGGUUCGUACAAAUCUACUGCAACAAGCAUUCUAGUUGAUCCUUGCACACAUUUUAGCUUUGCAAAUGAUUAUGGGGAAUGGAUAUUGCCACUGGGUGAUCAUAAGUUAAUGGUAGGAGAUAUAGAACACAUUGUCUCAAUUGAAAUUAAUUGAUGCUAUUUAUGUCAAACAGGUGACACGAUUGUUGAAGCACAUGUAUCCUUCAUUUUGUUUUACAGAAAUCAAAGCU